UCUCUCUCUCUAUCUCUUUUUCUCUCUAAAAAUGGUGAAAGGGUCCCAGAAAAUCGUGGCCGUAGAUCAAAACAUACCAAUAAUAGACAUGUCGCAGGAGAGAUCACGAGUGUCGAUGCAAAUAGUCAAAGCCUGUGAGACUCUCGGCUUCUUCAAAGUGGUCAACCACGGUGUAGACCAAACUAUCAUCUCAAGGAUGGAGCAAGAGUCUAUAAACUUCUUCGCUAAGCCGGCUCACGAGAAGAAAUCGGCCCGACCGGUUAACCAGCCUUUCCAGUAUGGAUUUAGGGACAUCGGGCUUAAUGGGGACACUGGUGAGGUCGAGUAUUUGCUUCUUCACACUAACGACCCUGCCUUUCGCUCUCAGCUCUCCUUCAGCUCGGCAGUGAAUUGUUACAUAGAAGCAGUUAAGCAGUUGGCUCGUGAGAUUUUAGAUCUGACGGCUGAGGGACUUCGUGUCCCAUCUCACACCUUCAGUAGGUUAAUCAGCUCCGUCGAUAGUGACUCCGUUUUAAGGGUGAAUCAUUAUCCACCGUCGGAUCAGUUCUUUGGUGGAGCCACACUCUCUGAUAAAUCUGUGUCACUGACCAGAGUUGGCUUCGGUGAACACACCGACCCUCAGAUAUUAACAGUUCUUAGAUCUAACGAUGUAGGAGGACUCCAGGUGUCCAAUUCAGAUGGCAUGUGGGUUCCUGUCUCCCCUGACCCUUCAGCUUUCUGCGUCAAUGUAGGAGACUUGUUACAGGUGAUGACGAACGGAAGAUUUAUAAGUGUACGGCAUAGAGCAUUGACCUCCGGAGAAGAAAGCCGGCUCUCAACGGCGUACUUUGCCGGACCACCGCUUCAAACGAAGAUUGGGCCUCUUCCGGCGAUGGUUACUAUGAUGAAUCAACCACGGUUGUACCAAACGUUUACUUGGGGAGAGUACAAGAAACUCGCGUAUUCGCUUCGACUUGAAGAUAGCCGUUUAGACAUGUUUCGUACAUGUAAGGACUAGGAUUAAGUUUGAUUAAAAAGCUAAGUGAUAUCUAUUUAGUGUUCCGUCUAAGUAUGUUACCUAGAAAAAGUUUUGGCUAAAAGUAGACAUGUUAGAUUUGUGUAACUAGAAGUCUAGAACUAGGAGUUGAAAGUUUUGUAAUAUGUGUUUCGUUAACUCUGUGGAGGUGAAAUGUGGUUUCCCUUUUGAUUUGAUUUAUUAUGGAGAUACCAAUCGU